UCGCUAUAUCGCUUUUGGCUGUAGGCGUCCUUCUAAACAACAGUGACAACAGGGUGCUCUUUCCUUCGUAGAAUUUCAUCCUGCUCAUUUUAGUUUAAGCAAGAGUGCCGUUGAAAAUUAGUUCCUGAGCUUUAGCUCCAAUUAGUGCUUCCAUUCCCAUCAUUUAAUUAGACAAUCAACUAUGUUUUGGGGACUAGCUUUGGAGUCCGGCAAGAAGUAUGCCCAGAAGGUGGCUCGCGCGUUUCACAUAUCCAUGGCUGCAUUGGAUCUGCGAGUCGCAACAGAUGAAGAAGUGUCCGUUAUUAUGAUAGUGGACAACAGGGAGUUUGUUCUUUGCAGCCUGACGAGGAAGAAUCACAUUCUGCAACAGCCGCUUGACCUGAACUUCAUUGAAGGCGAAGACAUUGCUUUGUCUCUUAGGGGAAAGGGCGCAGUCAAUCUGACUGGUUACAUCAUACCUGAGGACUAUGUUAUCCCAAAACAAUUUCAGGAUAGUGAAGAGGAGGAGGAGGAGGAGGAGGAAGCUCCUCCAUUGAUAUCCAUUGCUGAUAAGAAGAGGAAGGUUGAGGGUUCGUUAGGAAACUCAAAUAAGAAGCUAAAGACUCUGAAAGCCAUUUCAAUCUCGAACUGCGAUGAUGAUGAUGAUGACAAUGCCGACGAUGAGACUGAAUCUGAGGAUGACAUGAUGAACACACAGGCUGAAGAUAGUGACGAGGAUGACAGCGAGGAAGAUCCCAAUGGAGAGGAGGAAGAAGACUCUGAUGAGGAUGAAAACGAGGAGAGCGAUAAUGAUGAAAUGGAGUCUGACGGUGAUGACAGUGAGGAAUCCGAGGUGCAGGUUCCGCAGCCUUCAAAGAAGCAGCUGAAGCUGCAACAGAAGAAUAACCAAGCCCAGAAACAGCUCAAGUCUCCCAAGGCUCCGGAGCAGAAAACUCCCAACAAGGCUCAGGAGAGAAAAACCCCCAACAAGGCUCAGGAGCAGAAAACUCCCAACAAGGCAACUAAUGGUGCAGCCACUCCCAAGGAGCAGCAGUCUGGCAAGAAGGGAGAGAAGCAGACUCCAAAGCAGACUCCCAAAGCUACAACAGAAGAGAAAAAAGCCGUGACGCCUGGAACUAAAAAGUCACUGACCGGCGGUGUGAUCAUUGAGGACCUGGUCAUCGGCAAUGGUCCUGUAGCCUCGGCCGGCAAGAACGUUGCAGUGUACUACAUUGGCAGGAACAAGCAAACCAACAAGGUGUUUGACUCAACUCAAAGCGGCCCUGCUUUCAAGUUCCGCAUUGGCAAAGGUGACGUCAUUAAGGGCUGGGACAUAGGCGUCCCGGGCAUGAGGGUUGGUGGCAAGCGCAGGAUCAUCUGCCCACCUCACACGGCGUAUGGCAACCGAGGUUCUCCACCGGCCAUUCCUCCCCACUCGACGCUUGUGUUUGACAUCGAGUUGAAGAACGUUUCCUAAAAUCUAAAUCACCAUCAAAAUCUCCACACAGACCAGAUGAAUUAUUUUUUCUCAUUUUAAACAGCAUUUACUACGAUUAGAUUACAUCAGGUCGUAGUCAUUCACACGUAUUCCUGACGCAGCAGAAAUAAAAUUUCUGCCACACUUUGAUAAAUUGUAAGAAAGACACAAAUCUGCCAUUUCGAGGUGUUGUGGAGGUUAGCUUCUGUAGAGUCGCAGCUGAUCUUGGAGUUCUUCCUUGCUGCCGACCAUAAACUUUUCCUCCUGUUGCCUCAGCAGCUCCCAGAUGGCGGUCAGUUGCUCCUCCUGCACCCUGAAUAUUCAUUGUAAAAACACGUGACUAAUUCAAUAAAGGUCAUACUUUUUCUCAA